UAGGGCUUGGAUCAGCGCUCUGAUCCAUAGGGUUUGGAUCACUCUCACUGCAGCGCGGAACGAUCCAUACCAGGGUUUCUGGCCACACCCAUAUGUUAUUGCACUGUAUGAUGUUCUAUGACUUUCUUAUAUAUACAAAUAUAUAUGCGUGUAAUAUGUAUGUGGGUCUCCCCCUACAGAGGUAGGAGUCUGUCCUCUCUCGGUGAACCGUCCAAUUGGCUUGAGAAAGGAUUCUUAGUGUAUGCAAAAGAUACCUCCCAGGCUAAGUAUGUCCGAGAUUCGUGGAUAUAUAUAUAUACUAUAUAUAGAUAUAUUGUUUAUAUAUAUGGUUUGUAUAUAUAUAUAUGUGUGUGUGUUUUAUAUAUAUAUAUGAUGCGACGUGGCUUUUGGAAAAAAAGUAACAUUGGCUAGAACGUGGUGUUCAUACAUGUUACAUGUUCGAUAACAAUGCAUCUGAUAUGGCACAAUGAUCGAACGAGGCUUGAGGCUUCCCUCAGAAGAAAUUAUUGUAGUACUACCCUGCAUAACUUCACUUCGUGAUCCACUUGAAACGGGCUGGAGAGAAGAUAGGUGUUUACUAAGCGAAACAGCACCCAUUCUACAAAUGUUUUUCCCCAGAUAGCGUGUUCUUACUUCAAGUAUAGGAAGAGCUGCGUGUGUUCGCUUUCAGGCCUGGCUGCUCCGCUGCAGAGUGCCCGCGUGCGUGCUUGGGAGCUUGAGUGCUUGGGUGCUGGUGCCGCUGUAGGGUGCCGCUGUACGCAUGUCUUUGGGUCCAUGUGAUGUGUUCAGGAGCGUCGUGGGUUCGUCGUGUGUUCAGGAGCGCCGUGACAGGGACGAAAGAACGCCAUGAUUCCAAUGCGGGGUCUAUGCUGGCGUAAUUCUUUCCCCAAAGGACAGUCGAAGGAGGUGUUCUUGUUUACAGCCCUAUUUGAAUUUGUGAGUGAGGCCAUUUGUAUCCAAACCAUUUGGAGAUUGGAUCUGAAGUUAUAGGUGUAUGUCCAAAUGCUUGAUCACGUUUAUAAGAAGUUUUAAGACAUUUGGGAGCCAAGAACAGCAAGGGCUUCAAUUGCACACUAAUGUAUCAAUAUCCCCAACUCUCAACGUAUCCAGACAACGCAGUCCAACCAUCAAAGUAUGUUUUGUAUGCACGAGAACGGUUUUACAAGGACAUCCAACGGUUUAUGUUCACUUGUUGGUUAUGUGUUGUUUGGGAUUGAAGGGUUCCUGGAAUUUCGGCUUCGGAAGGGAUGAUAAGUCCACAGUCAAUGUCAGAAACGCAGCACAACAAAGGGACAACAAAAGGACAUCAGAGGCAACAAAUUCAAAAGACAAAAUGUUGAGCACAUGCAGUGAUUGCAAGCCUGGGGUGCAAAAUCAAUGCAAAGGCCCAGAGUCAUAUUUGUUGCAAAUCAGGAGCGCCCAGUCCAGCUUUCCCGUUUUGGGCCAUUCGGAUGUUUGUGUAGGAAACCAUCUUUGGGCACGGAAUGAGGACGGUACGGUGGCUAGUGAGGGAGGGUGUUUCUUCCUCACCGUACUCAUGAUACAGAAGGAUUUCAUCAGAAAAGAUGACUUAGUCUUGACAUGUGUUGACUGUUAAUGAUCAAAAAUAUAUGGAGGAGUGAUCAAUCAACAGUCUACACGAUUUACACAGCAACAAUAAUCAAGUGGUGCCUUGAGAAAUCCGCACGCAAAAAUCAGGUGAGGAAACCCAGUGAUUGGAUUAUCUCUGCAUACCUUUUCCACUUGAACGAGUGGGAGGCGUGGUUCGACUUGCACGAUCCGCCGAACUGCAACAACUGCCAUCAUGGGGCUUGGAGGAGGAUCUUCAGCAAUUGUGACUUCAAGUGCUCAUACCAAGAACUGUUGCAGAACAGCACUUUGGAACAGGGAGUGGAACUGGAAAUUCACCGUAGCAGCUGGGAGAUCAUCAAGAUGUUGUACAACAUGAAAUUGUGGCACCGCGCUCCAAACACGCUGCAUCUCUCUUUGGUGCACUUCUCCAACCAUUUUGAUGCCACGGUGCAGUGUAUGCUGAUCUUUUACUUGGAGGGCCGUGCGCUUCGUGUCCCACCGGGCAGUGCGAAGAUGCAGCAGUUGCUGGUGGCCGCUCGUGCUGCGGGAAGCACGUCCAAGAAGUAUCACAUGGACCCCGAGAUCGUCCAGGGCGCGAGGCAGCAUUUGCAGAUGCUCAUGGCGAAGGAGGACUACCGCUUCCUGAGAGAUGCAGAUCUUCUCUACGAUCAGCUCAUGUUGGAAAGCCAACCACAGAGAGCGCCGACCGAGCCCCGGUUGCCCAACUUCAUGGCGGGGCGACCCAGCCGACCAGCGAACGGCGUGCGGGCGGCCGGGGCGCUGUUUCGGCGGAAGCAGGCGAAGAAGUCCCAGCUCCAAGCGGCCUCGGCGGUGCAAGCAGCCCAAGCCGUGGUGGAUGGUCUCUCGUGCUACACUGUGGAACAGCUCAUGAUGGCUUACGAUCACUGGGGACUGCCAUGGACCGGCGUGGUCUCUGAAUGGGAAUGGCAGCUUCUCGCAAGGCGGCUUCUGGGUUACGAUCAGGAUCACCUGGAUGACACUGCACUGCAUGGCAUGUGGACCUGCAUCGAUCAGCAACUCACAGGGCAUGUGGCGCAGUUCUUGGGUUCACAGCAGUGGCUGGGCUUUUGGUUGCUCUUGCACUGGAAGUAUUGGUAUGGCAGGGCGGAUCCACCGAGCGCCUGGGCCUUUGCGGUGCGAGGCGACGAGGUGUGCGCAGAUGCCGCGGUGACAGUCGGCAUGGGAAAGGACGAGGAAUAUGAAGAUAUUUGGCUUUAUGACCUCCCUGAACAAGAAGAAGCGCUGCUGGAGGCCUCUGGGGGCGAUGCGACCUACGGUGAAGUGAGUCCGGAGCUCAUCGAGUGGUUGCUGGCGGAAUGCCCGAUGCAUGCCGAGGACCUCCUGUCCGACUUCGGGAGUGGCAGUGGACGCGCCUUGUUGUAUUUGGCACUGCGGACGGGGCUUCCUGCUAUUGGGGUCGAGCUUUCAAAGACACGGUGCCGCUGUGCGGAGACGUAUCGGAUGCUGGCGGAGCCCUUCUUGCAGAGCCAGGUGCAGUUUCUGCAGUGCGACCUUCUGGACGAUGGCCCUCACAGGGAUGCCACUGUAGUCCUCUUCGCCAACAAGCUUUUCACCGAGGACUUCGCCCUCCGCGCCUUGCGCCGACGUGGCCAGCUCCCGCGCGCGCUGCUGCUGCUGAAGCCGCUGGAGCUGGAGCCAGCGGAGCUGCCGCUGCGGAAGACGGCAGCACUGCGCACGAGCUGGAGCCCCAAACAGCCUGUGUGGCUGUACAUGGAAUAG